AUGCGUUUCUCACACGUCGUUGCUGCCUCAUUGGCCGGACAGUUUGUCGCUGCCCAUGGAACAGGCAUGGAAGGCAUGCCCAAGACGUUUGGCAUGCCGAAAGAGCUACGCGCUAGAAACCCUCUCGCUCGCCUCCAAACUCUCUACGCUGCUCAUUCUGCGCCUGCUCUUGACACGAGGCAGGAAGUCGAACGCUGUGGUCCGGCAAACGGCAAUCAAAAAUGUGCUGGAAACGAUUGCUGCUCAGCAGCCGGUUACUGCGGCACUACAAAAGAUCACUGCAAAGCACCCGACUGCUUGUUCAACUAUGGCCCUGGAUGUGACGCCAACAAGACCCCAUCCGGCGCGAGCACACGCAACGUCCCCCGGCCCAAACUUGGCAGCAUUCCUUAUGGUGGUGCAGGCAUCUACGCCUGCAAAAACCCCGGCACAGUAGCCAUCACAUACGACGAUGGACCUUUCUCCUACACCGAGUCCAUCAUGCAGCAGUUUGAGGCAAGAGGAGGCCAUGCUACUUUCUUCGUUACCGGCAACAAUCUUGGCAAGGGCGCCAUUGACCAACAAUGGGCUGGUGUUGUGCAGAAGAUGUACAACAACGGACACCAAGUAGCGUCGCACACAUGGAGCCACCAGGAUCUCUCCAUCAUUAGCAGGGAACAGGUCUAUGACCAGAUGGUCAAGAACGAAAUGGCCAUUCGCAACAUCAUUGGCCGCUUCCCGACCUACAUGCGUCCGCCCUAUUCGUCGUGCAAUGGACAGUGCCAGGAAAUCAUGGCUGAGCUGGGCUAUGUCAUUUCUUAUUUCGAUCUCGACACUGAUGACUACAACAACCUUACCCCUGCGAAGAUGGAGACUUCAAAGAACAACUUCAAGCAAGCUCUCGACACGCGCAGCGACAACAGGCUGGCUAUUGCACAUGAUAUUCACCAGCUCACUGCUGAUACCCUUACGGGCUACAUGCUAGAUUACCUCUACGGCAAGGGCCUUCGCGCAGUCACCAUGGGCGAGUGUAUGCAGGAUCCCAAGGAGAACUGGUAUCGCCAGGGCUAA